UCGGCGUCCUGAAAGAAAGCCGGGAGCAGCCAUGGCGGCGAUGAGCCUCUUGCUGCGGGCUUCAGCCUCGGCGGCGACGGGAGCCGGUCUGGCCCUGACCCGCCGUGGGCUGGGACCUCAGUUGCGCCUCGGCGGCUUGCUGACCCGGAGCGUCCCGGGCGCGGGCGCCGUGGCCCCAGUUCGACAUAGUGGAAGCCAUGGGAAGAGAAUGUUCGUCAUCAAACCUUCUGAAUUUUAUGACAAGAGAUUUUUGAAGUUGUUGAGAUUUUAUUUAUUGCUGACUGGGAUUCCAGUAGCAGUUGGUAUAACAUACGUGAAUAUAUUUGUUGGUGAAGCUGAGUUAGCAGAAAUCCCACCAAACUAUGUUCCUGAACACUGGGAGUACUUCAAGCACCCUAUAACCAGGUGGAUUGCUCGUUAUGUUUAUGAACCUCCUGAAAAGAAUUAUGAAAGAACCAUGGCAAUCAUUCAGUUGGAAGCUGAUAAGGCUGAUCUGAGGUUGAAGUAUCAGGAAACAGAAAGACUUAUGCGAGGAAGAGGGGAUGGACCCUGGUUUUUUUACCCAACUAUUGAAAAGGACCUUAUUGAUCGUGAACAUAAAGCAGUACCUGACCAUUAAACAAUUGAUUCUACUCAUCUAAUGUGGGGGUUAAGUGAAGAAAUGUGUACUGUAUUGUGGUUCUCUGAAUAAAAUAGCCAUUUCCCUUUUGGUCUUAUAGUAGUUCUCAA